GUGCCGGAUGCGACGUCAUCAUCAUAAUACAGACCCGUGAUAGCCGUUGUGGUCAGGGUGCCGCGGCGUGGUAGGUGGAGAUCGUCGGGGCAAUGACAACGGGACAGCUGUGCAUUUUAUAUAUCCCAGCGUUGGUCGGUCACGUCCCCAUGCUGCUUAACUUUCACUACCUGAAUAUACUAUAACCCCGACGAUGGCAGCUGCCACUUCUCACGACGAUGAGGAACCCAAGGAAGAAUUACCACAGCUCCUUACAUCUGCUUCAAUAUCAUCUCACACAUCUAGCAUAAGAACGACUGCACGAACCUAUUCCGGCUACGAUAUACAUGAGGGGCCAGAUGAAGGAACAAUCAGCAAGCGCCGCACGAACAGCCUGAGUCGGCGGGAGACGUUGCAAAGAGCGGACACGACACUAUCCAGGAUACGUUCAAGAAAGCCAAUUUCACCUUUCAAUCACCCUCUCUCUCAUCAGAAGACUACCGAAAAUGUUGUUGUUACCUUCGACGGAGACGACGAUCCAUAUAGACCUAUGAAUUGGCCUUUCAAGAAGAAGGUGAUUACCACAGCGCUGUAUGGCUUUACAACGAUGGGCGCAACGUGGGCAAGCAGUGUGUAUUCGCCAGCUAUAACACAGAUCUCGGACGAGUUCGAUGUCGGUAUCGAAGUGUCGACGUUGGGGCUAUCGUUGCUACUUUUCGGAUUCGGCCUUGGGCCAUUGCUUUGGGCACCGCUAUCAGAAGUAUACGGGAGAAAAGCUGCAGUCUUGGUGCCUUAUUUCAUCGCGGCAGUCUUCUCCUUCGGCACCGCCACCGCGAAAGAUAUUCAGACCGUUCUCAUUACCAGGUUCUUCGCUGGGUUCUUUGGUUCGGCACCGGUCACUAACACCGGAGGCGUGCUCGGGGAUAUCUAUCCGCCAGAGAGCAGAGGUAUCGCUAUUGUGUUCUACGCCAUGGCAGUUGUUGGCGGGCCAACGCUGGGACCAAUCGUAGGCGGUGCGAUUGUCCAAAGUUAUCUGAGAUGGCGCUGGACAGAGUACAUCACCGGCAUUAUGAUGAUGUUCAUCUUGGUUCUGGAUAUCAUCUUUCUCGACGAAAGUUACGCUCCCGUGCUCCUUGUUUAUAAAGCUCGACGUCUCCGCCACGAUACAUUGAAUUGGUCGCUGCACGCAAAGCAUGAAGAAUGGGAUGUGAGUGUUUCGGAAUUGGCACAAAAGUAUCUCGUCCGGCCAUUCCAGCUACUUACAACUCCAAUAUGCUUCCUCGUAGCUCUGUAUGCUUCGUUCGUGUAUGGAAUCCUUUAUGCUAAUCUGGGGGCUUUUCCUUACGUCUUUGAAGAGCUACGCGGCUGGAAUCAGGUCGUCGGCGCGCUUCCAUUCCUGGCGCUCCUGGUUGGGAUUCUGUUUGGGGCUGUGGCGAAUAUAUUGAAUCAGAAGUACUACAUCAAAAAGUUUAUCGCCAAUGGACGACGAGCCGUACCCGAAGCUCGACUGCCUCCCAUGAUGAUGGGGUCCGUUGUCUUUGCGGCCGGACUGUUUAUCUUCGCAUGGACUGCGGAUCCGAAAUUUCAUUGGAUUGCUCCGGUCAUUGGUGCGACGCUCGUCGGCAUCGGAUUCUUCACCAUCUUUCAAGCUGCGCUGAACUAUCUCAUCGACACCUUCCAGCAGUACGCCGCAAGUGCGGUAGCUGCCAACACGUUCUUGAGGAGCGUUCUUGCUGGAGCCUUUCCAUUAUUCAUCACGCCCAUGCUGCACAACAUAGGGGCAGGGUGGGGCAUUAGUGUAUUUGCAUUCUUUGCCGUCGCGUUGAUUCCGAUUCCAUAUCUGUUUUUCGUAUUCGGAAAGAGUAUAAGAGCGCGAGGAACCUUUUCGAGGGCAUCGUUGUAACGUCUAGCUACGGUUGCUUGUCUAUAAGCGGUGAAUUUUUAAUUAUCAUGUGCCCCCAUUCCAAACAAGCCAGUAUACUCCCAAGGCUUGACCCCUUAGGAAAGCCUGCCUCAGGCACGUUCUACCCUGUUCGCUGUCUCUGCAUGAUCCCCCCUCAAAUCUCAAACAGUCCCGGGCCGGCCCUUCAUUGCAUGCCGCCGCUGAAACCGCAUCCAUGCUGACACACUGGUCAUUCUAAUUCCAAGAUUCUAUAUAUAGUCCUUUUUUGC